AUUCAUAAGAUGGGCGUAACUGCGAGGAACACAUCAAUACAUAUACAAGGAGGCCUCGCAUCUCAUUCAUUCCCAUCUGCUGCAGGUCGGUCGUACGAGAUUCUCACGGUGUUUUGACGGAGUGGUGAAAGGAUGUCUGAUGAAGGGAAGCUAUUUGUGGGUGGACUCAGCUUUGAUACUAAUGAGCAGUCAUUAGAAGAUGUGUUCUCCAAAUAUGGGCAAAUAUCUGAAGUUGUUGUAAUUAAAGACCGAGAAACCCAGAGGUCCAGGGGCUUCGGUUUUGUCACCUUUGAGAACCCAGAUGAGGCCAAGGAUGCUAUGCUGGCCAUGAACGGCAAGUCCCUCGACGGCAGACAGAUCCGUGUGGACCAGGCUGGCAAGUCGGGCGGCGGUGGCAGGUCUGGAGGUGGCUUCCGAGGGGGCUCGUCGGGCGGCAGGGGAGGCGGAGGAGGGUACUUCCGUGGAGGCAGAGGUGGAGGUGGUGGUGGUGGAAGAGGUGGGCGUGGCUUCUCGCGAGGUGGCGGCGAGCGGGGAUAUGGCGGCGGGCGUUACGACAAUAGAAGUGGGGGCUCGUACGGAUCAGACCGAGGCUACUACAACAAAGACAGAGCGCAGGGAGGAGGAUACGGCGAUCGCUCAGGAGGUUCGUACAGAGACAGCUACGAUAGCUAUGGUGACGAGGGCGGCUGGUAGGACGGUGACGUCCGGAUGUCUGUCGUCUGGGCACAGCCCCUCACCUCGAUCCGGCGGCCCCAUCCCCAUGACGGCGGGCCUGGUCCCGGCCCGCUGCUCCGCAACACUUUAAAUAUUCUUCUGAAACCGACCAUGUAGAUAAGAGCAGUCCUGGAUAUGUGCGGGGACGGCUGGCUCGCACUCCGAGCCAUCCACCACCGGUCUGUUCCAAGUUUUUCUUUUUACUUUCUGAUCCUCCUUAUUCGUUACUGAAAACCGCAGACAACAAUUUUUUUUUUUUUAACAGUUUUUGUGGGGAGCUCAAAAGAGCAAGGCUCAUGUGCUGUAGGCCGUUGCCUCACUCUGGCUGUGCACGCAAAAGGCACGACCUGAAAGACAGGGAAUGUAUCUCAGAAAAAGAAUGGUAACGCUUUUGACGUUUUAAAGCUCUGCUGUGUACAAAAACGCUUGCACUUAUUUUGGUUGAUUUGAUUGUGACUGCUUUGCCACCCGUUAAUGGCGAUGAGUCUUGAAUUAUGGAAAUCCACACAAACGUCUGAAACCAACCAUUACCACCAUGUUUGCACGGAGAGGGAGAUGAGACGUUCUCCAGGUGUACUCUAGUCCAAUGGGCUUUUUUAGGAUCACUGUGGGUUCUGGUAAAUGGAAAGAACCCACUCAAUUGUCUUCUUGAUCGCUGGCCUGUUGCUUGACUGUCCUAUCUAUGGCAAGUUCUCAUCUAAUUUAUUUUCAUUUAUACUGAGAACAUUGUUUUAUUUUAUUACCUGCACAUUUUUUUAAUAAGGAAUCUUUUUUUUGUUUUCGUUUAUUGCAGUCACAACAGUGUCGAGUACACAGCGCUGAUUUAAUGUGAAGCUGGCCAGUUUUAAAAGAUAACUACUACAGUCUCUUUUCAACAAACCUUACUUUGUAUGAGGCUACUAAUGGAGUGAUUUCACAACUGUUCUCGUCAUAGCAUCAGAUUGGUUUUGUAUUUCAUUUUUUAAGCAUUCUGUAUCUUCAUGGUUGUAUUUUUCCUAAAUAAACAAAACCUUUACAACA